GGAGUAGAAUUUCAUUUCAACUGAUGGUCUUCUACAUUUUGUUAGAAUUUUAUGUAUUAUUUAUCAUUUGUCAAAACUUGGGAACUGUUUCGUCCGAAUAAUUCUGUAAGCUAGUGUUUAUUCCGCCAAAGCAUUAGAUUCAACGAAUUAUAAGUUUACGGCAAAUAGCGAGGCUUUUGCUUCCGGUUAUUGGAAUAUUGGGUAAUAAGGAAGAUGGCAGCGACCAGGAGGUUGCAGAAAGAGCUCGGCGACAUCCGAUCGUCGGGCAUGAAAUCUUUCCGAGAAAUCCAAGUGGAUGACUCUAAUAUAUUAACAUGGCAAGGUCUUAUAGUGCCGGAUAAUGCCCCUUAUAAUAAAGGUGCGUUUAGGAUUGAAAUAAAUUUUCCUGCAGAAUACCCAUUCAAACCACCAAAAAUUAAUUUCAAGACCAAAAUAUAUCAUCCAAACAUUGAUGAGAAGGGCCAAGUCUGUCUGCCGAUCAUCAGCGCUGAAAACUGGAAACCAGCAACGAAAACAGAUCAAGUGAUCCAGGCGUUGGUAGCACUUGUGAAUGACCCAGAACCUGAACAUCCACUUCGUGCUGACCUGGCUGAAGAGUAUCUCAAAGACCGUAAAAAGUUUGUGAAAAAUGCUGAAGAGUUCACCAAGAAGCAUAGUGAGAAGCGACCGUCCGAUUAAAGUCUGUGAAAUGAUGCAGUUCCUGCCUGGACUUUGGGAGGAGAGGUUUUGUGAUACACAACUUGAACAUUUGUUUGUGAUUGUAAUUCUGGUGUAUGUACAGUGUGCACCGAAAGUGUAGUAAACACUCCUCCCCCCUCUGUGACAGUGUUAGCACCAUCUACACUCACCAGGUGAAGCGGUGCAUGGGUGCUUGUCAGGUGUUGCCAACACUGGUGUGCAUGAGUGCAUAAAGAAACGCCCUUGGUACUACUUGUCACUUUGAUAAACACCAGCCCAGAUACACAUGAUUUUGAGACUACUAUAUGUGAAAGUAGUAUGGGUAUUGUUCUAUCACCAAUACAGUUUGUCAGUUGGAAUUUACAGUGCAGUUUUAUUCCAAUUUGUUGUCAACUUAAUUGUAUACAUAUUUCACAGUUUAUGUUAAAACAAUUAUAUUUAAUUGUAUGGUAUAAAUGAUUGUUUUCAUUAAAAGAUAAAGAUGUGAAUAAAUUUUACAUAUUUAAUUUACUAA